GCUGCUCUGUAGCACUGAUUCCUGCUUCUUGGCCAUGAAAACGCCACGGUGGCUUUAGCUGGCAAAGGGUGUGUGUGUGUGUGUGGGGCUGUUUACUGAAAUAAACACGUGUCCGGAUUUAAGCGCCUUGUUUUCAGAGUUUGUCUGGGGUUUUUUUCGCGUAAAGGUCGCUUUAUGAAAGCUGCAAUCUGGAUCGCGGGCGGCGGAAACAGAAAGAAGAAGAUAGAGGAAUUCUCUCGGUCUUCUCGCGAAAAACUUGUCCAGUCCAAGAACAAGAUGUUUUCCAAAUUCACCUCGAUCCUGCAGCAUGCGGUGGAAGCGCUUGCGCCAUCACUGCCCUUGCAGGAAGACUUUGUCUACCACUGGAAGGCCAUCACACAUUAUUACAUCGAAACUUCAGAUGAUAAAGCCCCAGUAACGGACACUAACAUCCCUUCCCACCUGGAGCAGAUGCUGGACAUCUUGAUCCAGGAGGAGGCGGAGAGGGAGUCGGGUGAGACGGGACCCUGCAUGGAGUACCUGCUUCAUCACAAGAUCCUGGAGACACUCUACACUCUGGGCAAGGCCGAUUGUCCACCUGGUAUGAAGCAGCAGGUUCUGAACUUCUACACCAAACUACUGGGCCGGAUUCGCCAGCCACUCUUGCCUCACAUCAACGUGCACAGACCUGUACAGAAACUGAUCCGGCUGUGUGGCGAGGUUCUGGCUGCUCCUACAGAGAAUGAAGAGAUCCAGUUUCUCUGCAUCGUCUGUGCCAAACUCAAACAGGACCCCUACCUGGUUAACUUCUUCUUGGAGAAUAAGGGAAAACGAGGAGACGACAAAGAAUCAGGAGCUGACGGGCUAAAAGAGGAUUCGUCGUCUCCAGAUACAGGUCAGAAGCAGAGUGCUGGCGUAGCGUGUCACGCCAGCAGCCCUGCGGACGGAGCCAGAGCUGCCAUACACACCAACAACGCCAACAACAGCUACAACCUGGUCAGCUCUCUGCUCAACCUGACCAAGAGCCCAGAUGCCCGAGUGGUGGUGAAGGCGUGUGAGGGUCUGAUGCUGCUGGUCAGCUUGCCCGAGCCUGCAGCGGCUAAGACGCUAACGGAAAGCACAGAGCUGUGUGAGCUGCUCACGGCCCGCCUCACCACAUUCUAUCUGGCGCUGCCUCAGUCUAUGGACCCGCUCGAUAUCGAGACCGUCGAGUCUGUCAACUGGGGGCUGGAUGUGUACAACUUGAAGGAAGACGCUGCUGCGUUUGCAGGGAAGCGAGCUCUCAUUUCCUUCCUCUCCUGGCUGGACUACUGCGAUCAGCUGAUCAAAGAGGCCCAGAAGACUGCGGCAGCAGCUUUAGCUCAAGCGGUGAGAGAACGCUUCUUUGUACCUGUGAUGGAGCCACAGCUCAUGCAAACGUCAGAGGUGGGCAUCCUGACCUCCACAGCGCUGUUGAAUAGGAUCAUCAAGCAGGUCACAUCGGAGGCCUUGCUGCAGGAGACUGUCUACUUCCUGUUGGGAGAAGACCUGGGUCCUGAGACGCCAGCCAGCAUUACUCAGAAUCCCCUGAGGCACAGACUUGUAGGGCACUGCGACCACCUUUCAGACGAGAUCAGCAUCAUGACUCUGCGGCUGUUUGAGCAGUUGCUCCAGAAGCCGUGCCAGCACGUGCUGCAAAACCUGGUGCUGCGCAGCAUCAGCGAACGCAACUACAUCGAGAACAAGGCACAAGACGAGCGCGAGGAACGCGAGCACAUGGAGAACGGGCAGCCUCACGACGCUGUUGAUUUGGAAGAGGACCCGCUGUUCUCUGACCUUUCCCCAGAUACCAGACUGUCCAGCCCUGAUUGGCUGAGCUGCUCACCUCCACCUAGCACAGAACACACAAAGCCUGAUGGGAAAACGGAGGUCCACAAAAUUGUAAACAGUUUCUUAUGCUUGGUUCCGGAUGAAGCUAAAUCGUCUUAUCAAGUUGAAGGCACUGGCUAUGACACUUACCUGAGAGAUGCACACAGACAGUUCCGAGACUUCUGUGGCAUCUGCCAGAGGUGGGACUGGCACGUCACCCCGAAGCCUAUUGAGAAGUGUAACCUGGACAUCCCCUUCUUCGAGGGACACUUCCUUAAAGUGCUGUUUGACAGAAUGGGACGUAUCCUAGACCAGCCAUAUGAUGUCAACUUGCAGGUCACAUCAGUGUUAUCGAAGCUGUCUUUGCUGCCCCAUCCUCACUUGCACGAAUAUUUGCUGGACCCCUACAUCAAUCUGGCACCUGGCUGUAGAUCCCUCUUCUCCGUCAUUGUCAGGGUGGUGGGAGACUUGAUGUUGAGGAUCCACCGUAUCCCAGAUUUCAACCCUAAACUGCUGCUAGUGAGGAAGAGGCUGCUCGGGAUGGAGCCAGAGGGCUCGAGUGUUGAUCACGUGACGUUGCUGGAGGGAGUCAUCGUCCUGGAGGAGUUCUGUAAGGAGCUGGCAGCCAUCGCAUUUGUUAAGUUCCACACUUCUGCGUCUACAUCCCCCUGAGCUCCUGCCCACUGUGCCCAGGACACAAGCAUCACUGGUACAGUUCAGACUUGACACAAGAGUGGGAAGCUGGCACAGGAACCACCAACUGAAUCCUAUUCAUCCUUCAGAUCAGGCUCCUGCCUGUGAAGAUCCAGAGGGUCUACACUCAUCUAUCUGAGAACAUGCAGGGGAGAUGAGGAUGGAGGAAAAAGCCCACAGGUCAAACUUGCACAGGUGUGAUGGGGAAAGGUGUUUGUAGAAGCACUCUUGAUACAUAUUUUUGUGCUUUAUCCCUUUUUCGCUUCAUCCAAAUCGUCUCUUCUUCUCUCUGUUCAUUUUGCCAUUUUAUAUGUUAUUUUUAAAUUUGCCUUUUAUUGUUCAUCUGGCUUAUUGUUUUUUGUUUUUGUUUUUUUCGUUUGUUUUUUCUUCUUCUUUCUGUUCCUCUGCCUUUGCACAUGAACCUGCUGACUUCUAGAUUUUUUUUUUUAAUCCCCUGUGUGUUUCACCUCGGACAGAAACACACUUAUUUAUUCUUGUCCAAAACAGAUAUUAGUUCUGUAAGAGCUAAAAAUAUACAUAAUGUCAAAAUUGAUCUGUUAGAAAUGCUAAUUAAAACAGCUCUGAGCUUUAUCUAAAACCGAUUAAUUGUGUGUAAAAUUGAAUUUUAAUAAGCUGUUGUUACAGUACUGUGCUUAUAUUAUUUUCUUGUGGGGAGAUGAUACCAAAUGAUGGACUAUGUAUCCAAUAAUGCAUAUGCAACCUAAACCAUUAUCUGUAAUGUUGAUAUUUUGAUAACUCAGGAUCAGAAAUCGAACUGUGCUUAAAAAAAAAAAAAAAAAAAAAAAAAAAAAAAGUAGAAUCAGCAGACUGAUCUGCUUUAAUACUAUUCAUUUUCUCAGUCCUGAUCCCUCUUUCAUCUGUAAAAAGAUAUAAUGUGGACUCUGAAUGUUCAAAUUGGACUGCGCAGGUUUGCACAUCAGAAAUCGGAUUUCACUGGAGCGUCCUUGGAGAACUGUGCGUCACAUUCAUGACAGUGUUUGGAAACCUUUCAUUUUUAAGGGUUUACCUUCUUCAUUGCCUUACAUGUGUAUGUUUAAUUUAUGUCGUGUGUGUGCCUUCUACUUCUUUAGGAUUUAGCUGUUCUUGUCACUCUUACACGUUUUACAGUUAUUUAUUGUGGGUAAGAAUUUACUAUUUGAAUUUUGAAUUUUAGUGAAUUCAAGAAUUUUGCUUCUCUUAUGAUUUCAGUAUUAUUACAGAACAUCUGGCAUAGGUUUUUUUCCCUUAUCAGCUAUGUUGAAACAUACACCAGCAAUAGUGUUAACCAGACUUUUAUUUUUUCUGUGAAAUGCAUAAACAUAGGUUUACAAUGCUGAAAUUGUCCAUUUCCUGUACAGAUUUGUGAAACAAUUAAGGCCUGUUAUUAAGGGGACUGUGCAGGAUUAUAAUUUUUUGUUUGUUUGUUUGUUUUGUUUUGUUUUGUUUUUUUGAUGUAGGCAUGUGUGGAUAAUCAAUUCUGCAGUCUGUAAGGAUUACAGCAUAACAGGGCAUGCUGUUAUAGGAACAUAAUCCUAGAUGGGAUGGUUACCACUCAGUAACAGCAUGCCCUGAAGUGUUUUAUUCCUCUUAUACCACAGCAAAGAGGAUACUUAUGCAGGCAGCAUUUAUGGCCAUUUGUGCUCUUGAAUAAAGGCCACGUCUCUGGCCUUAAGCCUGCCGUCACAUUGGAAUUUACAAUACAUUAGACGUUAUAAUGUAUAGUGGAAGCUAAAUCCCAAAUGUGAUUACUGGUAAACAUGCUGAGAUGAUAUAAACCUAUUAGGUAGUUAUUGUGAUGUAAUUACCAGCACAUGCCUAUUUAAGCCCUUUUGGUUGGCAUUUUAAUUCCAUUUAACUUGGAGAACAUUUUCUCCCCUGCAUAUUGAUCCAAUUAAUCAAACUUGCAGUUGACAUAUAAUUAAAUUGCACAUUCACAGUAGACAACAUUGUCCUAUUUAAUUUGUACAUAUGCAAAACUUUUUUUUUCUUUUCUUUUAGUAUGAAAAGGUUCUGUCAUGUACAAGUGGCUUGUUUAUUGUAAAGAUCCUUAUUUUUUUUGAUCUUGCACAUUUUAUACCAUAAAAUUCAUAAGAGGUUUUCUCUAA